AUGGCUGAAAAGAAGCAGGAUCUGUCGACAGGACCGCUUUACUGGGUUAGGAUAACCCUUACGUCUGCUGCCGUAAAACCUUUAGAAAAGGUUGCCGAAGAUGUUAAGGCUCGUGCGAAGGACAAGAAUCUGAAGCUUAAAGGACCUAUUCGCCUCCCCACGAAGGUGAUUCGUUUCUUUUAUAUAUUUACCUUUCCUCCAGACCCUCCGCAUUACUACGCGAAAGACCCCGUGCGGCGAGGGUUCAAAAACCUGGGAUCGCUACCAGAUGCGGAUUCACAAACGCGUUCUUGACUUGUUUUCCAACUCGGAAACCGUUCAGCAGCUUACACUGUACGACCUAGACCCUAUGGUGCGUGCCGAGGUUAAGAUUGAAGGUGGAGAUGCCUAA